CAGUGUAGUCAAUUUCGGCCAUCUCGGCCGGAAUUCCGCCGGAAAUUCCGUUUCCGGACCAACGCAACCCGGAAUGCAACUUUCCGCCGAAACGGAAAAUGCCCGAGAUGUAACCGAAAAUCCGGCCGAGAUUUUACACAUAAACCGGAAUUCCGGGCGAGAAAUCACACAGAGAAAUUUCGAGUUAACAACUUAACAUCACUUUCUCAAUUUGGCAGAGAAAGAAAAAAACCCAGAAACAGAUCGAGAGAAGAAAAAAGAGAGGUAGUUGGAUCGAUAGAGCAAGAUUUACAGCGAGAGAAGUAGAUAUAGAUGGAUAUAGAAGAGUCAGACUAGAGAGUUUGGUGACUUGGUCGGGUUUGAGAAAGAGUUUCAGGAAGAUUAGGUUUUCAAUCAGAGAAGAUUAGGUUUUCAAUCAGAAAACAAGUUGUGGUUAUGGAUUCUUCCAAUGCAUCCAAUUCGAACACCUCAAACACUGCAUGUGGAUCAAUGCUGCCUCAGUCCUCUACUCAGACUCAAAAUAAAGAUCCAGCAUGGAAAUGGGCUAAAUUGAAAGACCCUGCAUUUCCGAAGAAACUAAGUUGUGUACUUUGUAACAAAGAAAUGCGUGGUGGUGGAAUUACUAGGCUUAAGGAGCAUAUCACACAAAUCAGGGGGAAUGUUUCUUCAUGUUUGAAAGCAUCGGCUGAAGUUAUAAAUGAAAUUAGACUAGCUGACAAUAUAAAGAAGUUAAAGAAAUCUCACAGGGAUGAUGUUGAUGCUAUGUAUCAACGUACAAAAUCUGAUGAGAAGUCUGAUGCUGAUACUGAUGAUGAGGACCUUGAUGUGCAAGAAGUUGAAAAGGUUUCCAAUGUGGGAAGUGCUAGUGGUAGUCAAGAAGUUGUUCAGAGUCAGAGGAAGAGAAAAUUCAAGAGACAAAGUAAUUGUAGGGGUCCCAUAGAUUUACUCAUGCAGACAGACCACCGUAAAACUCAACAAGCCACUCUUGAAAGAAACAGUUCAGCGAAAGAGAAGUUACUGAAAGAUGCAUGGAAAAGCAUUUCAGCUUGGAUGACUGAGAAUUCCAUAUCUUUUAAUACUGUUCGUUGUCCAAGUUUCCAAGAAAUGAUAUAUGCAAUCGGUGAAUAUGGGAAAGCUAUGCCCGCGCCAUCUUACCAUCAGAUUCGUACAAAUCUUUUCAAGGAGCAGUUAGAAGAAAUGAAGAAGUUUGUUGAUACAUUUAGGGUACAUUGGAAGAGGUAUGGAUGUUCUAUUAUGUCCGAUGGUUGGACAGAUGGGAAAAAGCGACAUCUUAUCAACUUCUUGGUGAAUUGUCCUAAAGGGUCAGUUUUCUUGAAGUCUGUGGACGCGUCAGAUAGAACCAAUGAUGCUGAUUUCAUACGUGAGCUUGUAAAGGAGGUAAUUAAUGAUGUUGGGAAAGAAAAUGUGGUUCAGUUCAUUACCGAUAAUGGUUCAAACUUUAAAAAGGCUGGGAAGGAUUUAAUGCUUGAAUACCCAAAUCUAUUUUGGACUCCUUGUGGUGCUCAUUGUGUCCAGUUGAUGCUAGAAGAACUUGGUGACAAGCUUACACGAAUCAAGACAGCCGUCAUUCUAGGUAAAAGACAAAAAGUUUCAGCUCUGACUGUUCUUCAGCUCUUUCUCAGCCUUGUCAACUAAUUUUUGUUUCUUGGAAACUGGUGGUUGACAAAUUGAAUUCUAGUGUUUACAGAAGAUACUAUUCAAGUUGGGCAAAACCCUUGCUUUGUACUGGCAAUGCAUAAAUCUCCUAGAUGAACAUUUUAAAC